UAAUAGCUGGCUUUCAGACUGAAAUUUCAGUUCUUAUACUUUUACAAGCAUGCACCAAUUGCAAUUGAAACGAAGUGUUUGUAAGUUUAUUUCGUGCUGCUAAUACUAUAGGCCUUUAAUUUGAAAAUCUCUAUAGUUGUCAUAGAAAAUGUGUAAACAGAACGGAACAUGCCCUUUGUGUUGCGAGUUUUCUUUUUAUGAGGAACAUUAUAUGUUUAUUAUAUUAAUACUAUUAGUUCAAUAGCCUUAAUUUUUGAGAGUCAGUUAAUUAAUAAGCUAAUUUUAUAACGUGUUAAAAAAGUUAAAGCAAGUCAUGGAGAGUGUAGGAGACUACGAAUAUAAUACCAAAGAUCUCAUUGGACAUGGAGCUUUUGCAGUUGUAUUUAAGGGAAGAGUUAAAAUGAAACACAAGUCGACAGUCGCCAUAAAAUGUAUAAUGAAGAAAAACUUGGCAAAGUCACAAAAUCUUCUAGCAAAAGAAAUAAAAAUUCUAAAGGAACUGGCUGAAUUGAAUCAUGAAAAUGUCGUCGCCCUUUUGGAUUGCAAGGAAACUUGCCAGCACGUGUACCUAGUCAUGGAGUAUUGCAAUGGAGGCGAUUUGGCAGAUUAUUUAAAUGCAAAAGGAAAACUUGGUGAAGACAUAAUCUACUUGUUCUUGCGUCAGAUAGCUGCAGCCAUGAAAGCUCUGAAUGCUAAAGGAAUUGUACACCGUGAUUUGAAACCUCAGAACAUCCUUCUAUGUUACACUGAGAGACCCAACCCACCCCCAAAUGAAAUUCAGUUGAAAAUAGCAGAUUUUGGGUUUUCACGAUUUUUACAAGAUGGUAUAAUGGCUGUAACUUUGUGUGGAUCUCCUAUGUACAUGGCUCCAGAAGUGAUUAUGUCUCUACAAUAUGAUGCUAAAGCUGAUUUAUGGAGCAUAGGCACAAUAGUAUACCAGUGUUUAACUGGAAAAGUACCAUUUCAGGCCCAGACUCCACAAGCCUUAAAACAGUUCUAUGAAAAGAACAACUUUUUGUUUCCAAAAAUUCCAUCUUGGACCUCAGCAGACCUCACAGAUUUAUUGAUAAGACUUUUGAAGAAGAAUGCUAAAGAUAGAUUAGAGUUUGAUGAUUUCUUUAGUCAUCCAUUUUUAGAGCCACUCACCAGGACAAGUUCCCCUAUGCCUGUUCCCAGUCGACAGUCUGUGCCUCUUGAAGCUUCUCCUUCAAACUCUUCUAUUUACAAUUCUCCCAUAUCUGGGAACUUGCCACCUUCUCCUCAAGGGUGGUGUGGUAGCAGAGAUGAGCCCUUGAUUGAAGCACCAACCACUAUAGCUGCUUCACCAUUAUUGGACAAAAGGUCCUCUGGUGAUAAAGAAAGAAAUUCCUCUUCUUCUCUUGAAGAUCAAGGUUUUGUGAUGGUUACAAAUGACCUAGCAGAACAAUCAGGAAGUCAGGAAGUUGGCAGCUUGCAGAAGAUGCUUCGUGCCAAACAUGGCAGAUGCAUUGUUUAUGCCAACUCAUCUCCAAAGGCUCUUUGCAAUGUGCCUGAUAAUCAUUACUCCAGUGGUACUACAUUUAAUACACAUAGGGUGUCAGAAAUUAACUUACCUCAACCUUCAUCCCUUCCAAUGAGUGGUUCUCCAGCAAAACAGAUUUUGGAAGUAGGAACCUACCAGCAAUCAGAGCCAAUACCUGUCCCCUCUCAGAAAACAAUCUAUGAACAAAUUCAAAGAAGUCUGGAACGUGAUCUUUUCAACUCUUCUAUGUCACAAGGGGAAAGAGCAUUAUCUACUCCUUCAACAGCCCACAUGUAUCAUGGAUCUUCACCAAAUACAACUAAGGCUGUCUCAGAACCCAUUACAUUAAGGAAGGUCUCCAUGAGUUCUCAGUCAAGUGAACAAAGUCAAAUACUUAUUGACAUCUGUUCUCUCUCCCCACCUACAGUACAGUUUACCAUUGGUACACCACCAGGGGGCACUAGAAGAUGUAGCUACAGUGGAGGCGUUUCUCCUACAUUUUCUGGUAGGCAGACACCCACCAUUCACCAUCAGAGUUACAGCCCCCCACCACCAACAUUAUCCACUUCUCCUCUUCGACGAUCAAACAUUUUCUUGGCAGGAAACCUGCUAACCCUUGCAACAGGAAACCCCCUCUCUCCAAUCCUUGAUUCCCCUAGCAAAGAAUUCUCCAGAACAGAGCAACCUCUCAUGGAAAUGGGGUGGCAGCAGGAAUCUCCAAAGAUGGCAACCAAUGAAACAAAAAUGCACAGAUGCAGAAGUUUUCCAUCCACUCGAAGAAUUGGUUUUAGUAUGAGAGCCAUAACACUUCCUGAAAUCUGUUCCCAGCAGUUUUGGCCUGGGAGUGGUUAUGAAACUGCAGAGCCAGUGGACAACAAGAAAUGUAAUGUACACAGGUCGGAAAGCUCAGGCAGACUUGGAGAGAGAAUGAUUUAUAAACCUCUAUCUGUACCAGGAUCACAGCAUAUGUCUCGCAGUCCUCCAGGAACUGUAAUGAUGCCUUAUGGUCAUCCCACCACCCGCUGCUUUAUCAAUGAAAUGGUACCUCAUUGUGGAUCCUUGGGCCAUUUGCGUCGCAGCUCAACAGGUUGCUGUUUGUUUUCUGAUUCAUUCCCUACAAAUCCCACCUGUUUUACAUAUGGUGGUACAUCAUCCCCAAUCAUGGAAGGGCCUCAUAUGUUUGUAGCUCCAGAAUUGCCAGAGGAAACAAUUUUAGAGAAGGAGCAUAAUGAGACCUUGGCUAGGUUAAAUUUUGUUCUGGCUCUUGUUGAAUGUGUUCUAGACCUAGCCAAAUCUAAAGGAACCCCGUUAGCUUCUCUUACUGAGUCAUUUAUGAAAAAUCAGAAUCAGCCAGGACAAAUGUCAUUUGUCACAGAACGUUAUCGACGAAUUGAGCAAUUAGUUCUUUUUGUAAGAGCCUUGCAACUUUUAUCAUCUUCCCUCCAACUUGCUCAGCAGGAAGUCCAGGUUGGCCAUCUAUCUCCUUCUACAUCUGUUCGAAAUGCUCUCCAGACAAUGAAGGAACAGUUCCACUAUUGUCUGACCAUGUGUAAGUCUCUCAAAAGCCAAGGAACCCUGGAAGCUAGGGGAAUGGAUCCCAACAGUUACAGUAUCACAGCUGACAAACUUAUUUAUAACUAUGCUAUUGAAAUGUGUCAAUCAGCAGCAAUAGAAGAAUUGUUUGGGAAUCCAGAAGUGUGUUUCCGUCAUUACCAAAGGGCACAAAUACUUCUUCAUAGUUUAGCACAACAAAUUACUGAUGAGAGAGAUAGAAAACUUUUGAAUAAAUAUAAAUAUGCUGUGGAAUGCAGACUUUUUGUACUACAAGGUCAAGGUUACAUUCAGGCUUAUGAUACUACAAGAUCCUAUUCCAGUGAAUGUGGAGUAUAACUAUUUCUCAAUAGCUGAAAUUCAGCACUUUGCUAAAAGUUACUAGAUAAUGAUAAAUAAUUCAAUAUGGCCAUACAUGUUAUGCCAUUUAUAUAGCAUUUUGAUAUUUCAAGUGAGUUUUUAGCAGUAAAUAUCAUUGUUCUUUAAUUUCAUUUAAAUUAUCAAUUUUAUGUCAGAUUAAUGUAAACUACCAUUUUUUUUUUUAUAUAUAACUCAUCUUUUGACUCUUCCCAUAGUAACAAGUACAUGCUUGAAGCUUAUCUUCAUACAGGGAUAUAAAAUUCAUAUUUUCUUUGUAUUUUUGUAUUGUUAUGUGACAAAUGCAAUGUUAGGCUGCUCAUGGUAGACAUUUUGUUAUUCAUUAUGUAGUAUUGUCACAUAAGAUGUAUAUAGUCUUCAGGUGCUCAAGUUACAAGAUCUAUUUGUGAUGUGUCCCAUAAUACAAAUUGCUUGCAGUUUUUUAAAAUACAUACAUAGGAAAUUUAAUCAAUGCUAAAAACAUUUUUUUGUCUCUGAAAUUUUAGCAAAAUUUUCUUGUUUAAUUAUAUUUUGUAUGUUCAGAUGUUUAUCUGUGUUGUAAUAUAUACAUAUCUCACUAUACAUGUGAAAGUUAUGUACAAAAUGAAUUAAAAUGAAAGAUUGGAAUGAAAGCCUAAAAACGUAGGAACUGUCUUUGAUAUGGUUUCCUUAAUCUAUAUUUAUUUGAAAGAGAAAACACAAUUAUUUGUUAUAUAUAUAUAUCUGUAGAUUAUUAUUAUGUGAUAAAAGAAUCAUUCCUCAACUCUAGUAUAUGCUACUAACCUCUUUAAAAGAUCCUUUCAUCAGUUUAUUGUAUGUAUAUAUAUAUAUAUAUAUAUAUGUGUGUGUGUGUGUGUGUGUAAGAUAUUUUUUUAUUAAACUGCUGAAGGCACCAGACCUUUUUACUUGCCAAGCCAAAAUAAUUACCUGUAAGAUGUCAAAACUUGUUCAUGAGGUUUACUGAUUAUUACAUAAUACUGAUUGUUCACAGUAUGAGUCAUUAAGCAGAAAUGUUGUAUGUAAUGCAGAGCUAAGCCAUCAGUACAACAAACCUUCACAGUUCUUUCAUAUUUACUUAAAUAUCAUUAAUAGAUUCACCCUUGAGGUUUUAUAGCUUGAGACAAGAAUGAGUAAGAGUUCACUUCUGACUAUGGGCACCAAUUUAGUCCGGAUCGUAAGAAAGCCUUGUGUUUGGUAGUUAUUAUAUAUAUUUAUGAUUGUAUAUACAGUUUAUGUUAAAUUAUGAAUUUACACAAUUAUCAAGAAAGAGAGAUCAUUUAUUAUCUUACUCUUUCUUCAGAAAACUGUAAAAUGGAUUUUGUAAAAAUAUUAUUAUAUAAAGGUGUGUGACUUGAGAAUAUCAGAAAAGGCUACAGUGCUGCUGUAUGUAAACACUGUGUGUAGCUUUUGUAUAUAAUGGUUUAAACAGUGUGUGUGUGUGUGUGUAAAUUAUCACUGAUGUAAAAAUGUACAGUGUAAUUAUUAGUUGUUAUCUUCCUAACAACAUUGUUAUUUAUUUCAAAAAUAAUAGUGAAGAGUGUGUACUGUGUAGAUAACUCCAGUAACAAUUUGUACAUUUAUACUUCAUAUAUUUUCUCUUGUUAUUUUUAGAUGCAUCAUUACAUAAGUGAAACAAUUUGUUGGUUACAUGGAGUUCCUUUAGUAGAUUUCUCUCAGGAUAUUUAGUGUAUUUGUGAGAGACUAAUAAAUAUAGUUUAUAUAUAUGUAUUUGUUUAAAUCAAGUUAUUUCCUCUAUAAAUUACAGUUCUGAAAUAAUAAAAAUUAACAUUAUGUUUGGAUGUGUAUAUUUGGUUUUAGAACUUUUCCCCCCUUUAUAACUUAGAUUUCUGCCAUGCUUCAAACAAAUAUUCCAGGUGUAAAAGCCUUAAAUGUUUUAAACAUGUACAAUUUAGUAAGUGUGUAGUUGAUGAGGGUUAACUGAAAUUAAAUUUAAACAUGUUAUUGCAUAUUAUUUACAUAUCCGUAUAUUUAAUAAUGAUUGGCACUUUUUAUGUUAGUAAUAUAUAUAUACACACUUAUUGCCCAUACAGCAAUUCUUAGUCAUCCACAUUUUUAAAAUCAGUUCUUUAUGAAGUUAUGGCUGUCAUUUUAUCUGAAUAAUGGUAUCAGUUUUUCCUGAUAAUUUCUAGGACAUUUGUUACACAAGAGGUGCCAAUUACAAAGGACUUUAUAAUUUUAUUUGAAGGUCACACUUGUACUAAUUAUGAAAGAGUGAGAGGUUGUAAAAGUAUAUGUCACUGUGAUUGUUUAUUAUUAGUAUAUUCUGAAAUGAUUAUUUAUUUAUACUGAUGUAUUAAACCUUGUGGUGUACAUGGAAACUAUAUUGUAGGUAAUGAAUUAGUUCUACAGGUAGUUUACACACAAAAAUGUUUUAUAUACACAUCAGGCAUUAGUUGUUGUUUUUUAGUUUAUAUUAUUUUUUCUGUAUAGAAUUUUAUAUUUAAUGAUAUUUUUGGGUGAUUCAUUUUUGAAUGUCAUGUUUUUUUCUGUAUAUACAACCAUAUAGUUAAUAAGAGUGUGGGAUAACUAUGAUAUGUAUGAUUUUCUACAUUACAUUUUUGUGUUUGUAUACAACUAUAUAGUUUAUGAUAAUUUGAGGUGACUGAUAUUCUACAUAGUUUAGUAUAUGGUAAUUUAAAGAUUGAAUUUAGAUUAAAGCUGUUCAAUCUCUGCAAAAAUAAGAGAUUCAUGGGUCUGUUAUGUAGAAGGAUAAGUGCGAUGGUUUGUUACACUGGAAUGUUGUGUAUGUGGUGCAUUACAUUUUGAUACGUAGAAACCCAGUAAAUCACCUUAUAUAAAGGUGUAUUUCAAAUAAAUAAAUAAUAACUUCUAUGUGCACACCAUAAAGAUCAUUUGUAAAAAGUUCAAAUUUAAAAUUGGGCAAAGGGAAUGGUAAGUUAGCAAAAAAAAAAGAAAUUGAAUAUGCAUAUUAGUGCCCCACAAAAUUUAGAAGCUACAGGCCCCUAUCAAAGUUAAUACAGCCCUGUUUCUCUGUAUGCAAAUAUAUGUUUAGUGGUAGUUUAGAUUAGCUGUUAAUCUCCAUUGUUCAAUUAUAUUGUGCUUAUUUUGUAUGUUUGUAUAGUUUGCAAUGGUUUGAAGUAACUGGUAAUUUGCAUACUUUGGUUAAAUCUGUUUUCUUUAUAUAAUAUUGUAUAGUUAGUAUGGUGUUCAACAUGUUUUUCUGUAUAUUAUUGUAUAGUUAGCAAUAGGUUGGAUUAACUGAUAAAGAUUUGUAUGGUGUAGUGUAUUAUAUGCUAAUACUUUAUGCAGUUGAAUAUUUACUUAUAGUUUUAACUUCGUGAUAAUUUGUAAGAUCUAGUUUAUCAUUGUUUAAUAAUUUUAUAGGUGUUUGUAAUAUUGACAUACAUUAAACUAUGUGGCUAAAUUCAUCAUAUGUGUUUUUUUGUUCUGGAUAGUUUAGCUUAUUGUGCAUUUUUUCUAUAUACAUUCAUAAUUUGUAUAAAUGGCAGUUAGAAAUUUUUAUCCUUGAACAGAAUCUUAAAUUUAUUUUCAGAAUUCUUGAAAUAUAAAUUAUUCUUAUGUAAUUUUCCCUUAUUUAUUUUAUAAAUUCAUGUAUAUAGGAUAUGCAAAAAUAAAAGUUAAAAAUGUUUUUCUUCAAUUACCUACACAAAAAGUGAUUUUUGUAAAUAUUGUAUGUAAGUGAAUUGGGUGAUUCAUCAUGCACAAGAAUGAAUGAACUUCUAUAAAUACACAAAUGCUUAGUCAGACACAUGUAAAUUUUCAGCCUUUAUCAAAGUUGGAAUUUUAAACAAUGCAAAAACUAUAUAAAAAUAAAACGUUGCAAUCCUUGUGAUCUUAAAGUAUAAAUUAAAAUAUGUAAGUAAGAAAAAGUUGUGUAUUUUUGUGUAAUAUAUAGUACAUAAGUAAGAAAAAGUUGUGUAUUUUUGUGUAUUAUAUAGUACAUAAGGAAGAAAAAGUUCUGCUGUAGGUCAUUUUGUUUUAAAUAAAGAACUUUUUUUAAACACUA